GAACUGUAUUUUCUAAAAUUUAUAGCAACGUAUUUUUCCUAUUUUUGAUGCCAUUUUUAAGAAAGCUGGUCAGACAAGAAUUUUGCUUUUGCAUCUCGCUGACUUCUGGAUGCAUCAUAGUUUCAUUCUACACACUGUUUUUCGGAUUCCUUAACGCAGGCACUACUGUGGAUGAGGUUAUAUACAAGAACACACUCAAGACUGAUGUUUAUGCGAAAUGGUUCAAUGUAUUUCAUAUAGCUCUGAUGAUCGCAGCUGCAGUUAUCCUGCUGAUAUCUGUUAUGACGAAGUACUUAAGGAUCGUUUUCGUGUGGAUGGCCAUGUUCAUCAUUCAUAUGAUAUCGUACUACAUCAUCUUCAAUGCUUUGAUAAAUGUUCGCAAUCCGUUCUUUAAAAGUGCUGUCUCUGCGAUUAUUUAUGUUUUCGUGAAUUUAGUGACGUUGGGAAUCGAUUUAUUUUGUUUGCUCAAAGUCUACACGUAUUAUUAUGUAAAAGCGCAUCCAGAUGAAUUCAGACCAGUUUGUGUGGAUAAAUGAGAGGAUGUCCUUAAAAAUUAAAUUGAGAUCAGCGAAAUUGAUUUUUAAGAUGAUGAAAAGCAAUAGCAUUUCGUGCUCUUUACCCCAUGCUCAUCAAGUGAGAGGAUGAUGCUUUUACUGUGCUAAUAUGGCAGACUCAAUUUUCUUUAUAAUUUCAUUAGCAUCUUGAUGAGAACUGAAAACGAUUCCACGCGUGCCUGACAAACACGACACACAUCGGGCUGGAAAUUCUAGGCUAAUGCUAAUGAGGCCAUAAUACAGAUUGCUUAAGUUGUAAUUAUGCAAAAAAGUUAAUACCACAAUAAAGAAGAUAUGGCGGAAAAUGUGAAGGCAAUUUCGUUUAAAUUUGGCGCCAUCAUCUGGGCGAGCUAAACAUGAGUAUUUGCUUAAAAGUUUUGCAAUGUACAUAAAUUACGUAUACGACUUGUGGUUCAUAAACAAAUCUUGUACAUUGAAAUUAACAAAGAAUUGUUUUGAUAAUUUAAAAUAUACGUAUAAUUUUUUAACAUUCAGGCUUAAAAGAAAUUCUAAAAAUAAAAAUAUUUUGCAGAAU